GCGCCGCUCCUCGGGCUGUGGAGUGAAGUGAAAGCGCUCGCGCAACAGUUUGAAUGGCAUUCAUCAUCAGUGCGUCUGAAUCAGGGAUGGGAGACCGAACAGGUCAGUGCUCUCCGCUGCCGGCUCCGGCCAUCGGGACCCUGAAGCUGGUCUCGGGCGACGGCACCAGCGUGGGCAGUGUGAUGAGGCUGCAGUGCCCGAACACACACACCGCGGGCAGCGGCGCUCAGGUGUCGUGUGUGUGGAGCAGGAACGACACGCGCUGGAGCGGCGGGACACCCCAGUGCAAACCGCUGUCUCGGCUGGAGGACGACGGCUUUCGUUUAGCGGUUCUCGUGUCCUUCAUCAGCGCCACCAUCAUCCUCCUGAUGAGCAUCAUCUUCAUCACCUCCUGUCUGGUGAAACAUGUGAGACGAGAGGAGAGAAGAAAGAUGGAGAGGGCGAGAAAAAAUGGGGCAUCAGAGAUGGAUCUGCAGAGAGAGCCGUUACACAACCAGAAAACCACAAACAACAACAACAACAACAACUACACACAGCUCACCACAACAUCCAGAACCACAGACAAGCAGAUCGACACUCCCUGCAGGUGUGUUGAUGAAGGGAAGCCCUGUCCUCAGAUCAUCCAUCCGUCUCAGAUCUCAGUGAUCCUCAGUCCUCCCGCUGACGGCCUGCUGAACACACACCCCGGUGCGGGACACACACACUUCCUGCAAGAGCCCGUCUGGACCGGACAGCACCCGUCUCACACACCCGCCCAUCAUAUGAGGACUGAUGAGGACUUGGUGUAA